AUGUCCACACAGCCCCCGCAAGUCCUUUCGCGGAAGGCAAACGGACCAUCCAGCGGCGCAACCAGCCAGCCGUCUGACCAGAUCAAGGUGAGACAGCGAGUGAGAGCAUCACAGGCAAAAGACAAUGACACCGGCGGCAAUGCCUUAAAACCUGCCAAGGGCAAGGGACCGGCUGACAGACGAGGAGGGGCAUCCAAGAGUGCGAAUGAUGGGGAGGUGACGCCAAAGGCUCCGCGAUCCAAACCUCAGAACGAAGGAGAAAAACUGGUGAUUCGUCGUCUGCCACCAGGUAUGACCAAGGAGGAAUGUAUUUCUAUUCUCGGACCAGAGUGGGAGAUCUCCAAGGGCAAAGUCGAUUGGUUCUCCUACGUUCCUGGAAAGAUUUCCAUCGACCCCUCAAAGCCUUCUCGUCCCGGUCGGGCGUACGUUCAUUUGGUGCGGAAGGAUGACAUCAUGCCCCUCAGCGACGUUGUAAGGAACGCGACAUGGGAGGAUGCAAAAUCAACAUUCACGAAUCCGUCAUUGAUUGGCCCGCCCGUGUUGGAGUUUUCAAUUUACAAAAAGGUUCCAGGCACCAAGAAGCGCACGGAUGCUCGACAAGGCACCAUUGAUCAAGAUCCUGAAUUCAUGGCCUUCCUUGAAGGCCUGGCUAACCCUGCACCGAUGAGAGACAGCAUCGAUGUCGAGGAUGCCGACGAGUCUGCCAAAGUAGAGGUCAAAGUUACCACCACACCUCUCGUCGAGUUCUUGAAGGAGAAGAAGGCCAACAGAGGCAAGGAUGGAUCAGGCAAAAAUUCCAAGUCUGCAAAAGGAAAGAGUGGCGCCAAGGACGAUGACUCUUCCGGUAGGAAGAAGGGCAAGGAGUCGAGAACCGAGAAGCAGGACAAGACGCCCAAAGAGAAUGUCAAGAUUCUUACUAAGAAAGCAGCAACUGAGCAAGCCGCGGAGGGGGCGAAGAAGGCGGCCAGCCAAAUUACGACAGCCAAUGCCGCUGCUACUACAACUGCAGCGGCUACUGAUGCGCCCAAAAGCCGACGUGCUGGAAUCGCUGCCGCCGCUAGAAUACUGCAGCGCGAUCUUGGCCUCAGCCCUGGCAGCGCACAUAGAAGAGCACGUCACGAUGCUGCCAAGGCCGAGGCUGAUGCCAAGGCAGCAAGCUCUUCGACCAAGGACGAAAACGGUACACCCGCAGACGUUGCUAAUUCUGCCAGUUCUACUGUAUCAGCAGCAUCCCCUGCCGAGGUCGUAGUCCAGGCGCCGAAAAAUCGUCCCGAUAGCCCAGUCGCCUCAAAAUCACAGCCUGGACGGAGAAAUCGUGGUGGCAAAGGCGGUGCUGAGAAGGGUAAAUCAGCUGCUAACGAGACUUCGGUUCCACAACCGACUGCAGCCAACCCUCCGGUUAUCCUGAGGAAGAAGAACGACCCCGAACUCAACCAGAAAACUGCUGAAUCCCAGGUCCAGGCGUCUGGACCAGCGAUGAACUCGAAUGGCAAUGUUAGACAAGCUGCCAAAGAGAAAGCUAACAGCAAGCCAGCCCCGCAAAAGAAGUCACCCGCUGUCUCGGCAAACGCAACCCGCGCCUUUAUUAAGCACGUCAAUGCCUCGCAGGGAGUGAACGACGCAAAGCUUCGAGAGGCUCUCGGCGCAUUCGGAACCAUAAAACUUGUUGAGAUUGAUAAGCGCAAGGGCUUUGCUUACGUCGACUUUUCUGAACACGAAGCCCUAGUCAAGGCUGUGGCUGCCAGCCCUGUUCAGGUUGGCCAAGGCAACGUACAGGUGGUCGAGCGGAAGGAUAAGAAGCUCGCUGCUGCUGCUGCGCCAGGCGCCUCAGCAAAGGAUGGCCAAACGCCAAAUGGAGAGAAGGAGAAGGAGAAACCGUCUGGCGGUCGAGGUCGACGUGGACGCGGCGGCGGUAAAGCUGCCGCCGGCACAGCAAAUGGUCAGGCAACUGCAGGUCCUACCCUGGGAAGCACCGGGGGAUGA